GGGUAGGUGGCUUCCAAGUUCUCCUGUCUGACUCCACCUGUAUAGUGUACUGUACUCCACUAAGUACAUACAUACACUAGGUACUGCGUUACCUUAGUUACCGUAGCCAACCGCUGCGCAACCCCCGCUGGUCAAAGUUGCCGACGCAGCCCUGCCAGGCCCACUCCCAUCCCGCCGUCCAAGCGCGACUCGCUGCUCCGUGGCUGCACCACAUCACGCCUCCGUAGCGCCAUGCACGAGGCGCACCAUCCCCCGUCAACCUUGCAGGGGAGCAAGCCGCUCCAGCACCGUCUAUCUUGCGUCUCUGCCAUCCGAUGAUGCAGCCGAUUGGCGGGUGGCCACUCCGCUAGCGCCGUGAUGGACGUCCGAGUCUGGACGACCGCCGCUGCAGCCCGCCGAUAGAAAAAUGCCAAAGCGACCGACGCGUUCAGCACUCUGCUGCCGUACUUGACUUGGUUUGAUCCUGCGGCCACUAGGCGCGUUGCGAGAUCAGAGCGGGCGCAGAAAACAGAAAGAAAGACGACCCUCGUUGAUCGCCAUCGCCGUUGACUCCGGGUCCCGCGAGUCGUCUCUACUCCCGGUGGCGCAGGGACCAAACACCCGUUCGUGACGACCGUUGGAAAAAUCAGGUGGGACGCCGCGAGGAGGAGAGGCACACCAACCAGUGCCGCGCAAACAGUGGAGGUAAGUCACCACGGGGGAGUACGGAAUACACUCAAACCCCACCACAAAAUUCGCUCGACAUCCCGCACUAGGCAAGGUCAGCCACGUGGAGGGCUCGAUGAGAUAAUCGGACCGUUGCGAAUCCCCGCCAGCGCUCGAAAGAUAUCACUAGUGUGUGGCAGGGUUGCUGACAUUGUUUGUUUCUGAACUCUCUUUUCCCCUUUCCCAGCAGAAGCCCGCGUUGCGCCACCGUCACCAAUCCGGGGUUGGGACGCCCAGACGGAGGACAAGCACUGUGCAUCUCCGGAUCAUUCGCUGUGGUGAACGCCACCGCAAGGAAAAACGGGCGCUUCCGACUGGUCCCCACGGAAGCCCCUCUUCUCGCACCUCCGCUUCCCGAGGCCGGCCCCAUCCCACCACCACUCGACCGCGAGGGGCCAUCCGGGCUCCUGAGCCGGGCACCGCCCCGCCCCCUCGCCAUGUGCCGAAAAGUGGUCUUCUCGGGGACCUGCCCGCACUGCUCCGGCAACUUCACGUGGGACGAGCUCACGCAGGAGCUGAGCUGCCUCGAGGCGAAAAACAACGGCGUGUUCGGCCUGUGCAAGGAGGGCGCCGUGGUGGACGAGAAGCCGCACGACCAGGAGUGCGACGCCUGCGCCGCCGAGCUGGAGGCCGACGAGGGCUACGAUGGCGAGAAACACCGGAACAAGAAGCAGCGGACAUCGUGAUAUCCCGAGGCCCCACGCUACGCACAGCCCGUGCAUCGGCGCGGAUGUCAUCACCCAGCGGCUUCCUACCUUCCCUCAUCUACUACUUCUUGCGUUCAUCGCGUUGCUUGCGAUGCCGCAUCAUCCUCGCACACCAACAUAUGCGACACCCGCACAGGAAUGCUCGCGCUUGAUGCAGGCCGGUACAUGAUCUGCCCGGCAUGGCCCAUGACGACGCCAACAUCUCCGACAAACCGAGCCGAGAAAUAACUUGCGAAU